CAGACGACAACAAAACCCAUGAUUUUUGAGGAACUUGGAGGAGGGAAGAGAAAGUUAACGUAUACAUGUAAAAGGAAAAAAGACAACGGGAGGGAUGCAAUUAUAUAUUUUGCUGCAUGUAACGAAAUAGAAUAAAAAGUGUAGCUUGGAAAGAGGGCAAGUAACUUUGUUUGCGGCAUUCGACCAACACAGUCAACCAGGUAGUGGCGGUUCUUUGCGAACGUAUCAUCACUGAAAUCAUCACCGGUGACGGGUUGGCUCUAGUGAACAUGUCAGGCAGUACUUUGCGUUACGGAGACAAAGUUGUCAUUGUGACCGGCGGGUCCAAAGGGAUUGGUAGAGGGAUUGUCAAAGUAUUCGUGGAGAAUGGAGCCAAAGUUGUCUUCUGUGCAAGAGGGGUGGCAGCAGGACAGGCUCUAGAGGCCGAGCUGAACAGGGCAGGGCCAGGGUCAUGCAAAUUUGUACCUUGUGACAUCUCCAAAGAGGAGGACAUCAAGAGGUUGAUUUCAGUGACAGUGGAGCAUUAUGGUCAAAUAGACUGUCUGGUCAACAAUGCUGGGUGGCGUGAGUAUCUGUUAUCAUUUUGUAUGAGAAUUGAUGUUGUUAAGGAAUGAAAGAAAAUAAUAUAUCCACAAAUCAGCUGAUAGUUGGAAUACCAAUCCACAUCCAGGCACUUAUUUUUAUUAUUAUAUAUAUAUAGUUUUUUUUACCCCCUCGUUCCCACCAAAUUUGUCAUAUCCAAUUUGGUAGUUACAGUCUUGUCCCAUUGUCCCGAAAAACAACCCCGCCAAGCUGUACUGCUUCUUGACACAAUGCACGCUUAACUGGGAAGCCAGCUGCACCAAUGUGUCGGAGAAAACACCGAACAACUGUCAGUGUGCAUGCACCCGGCCUGCUACAGGAGUCGCUAGAGCGCGAUGUGACAAGGACAUCCCGGCCGGCCUAACCCGGACCGUGCUGGGCCAAUUGUGCGUCGCCUCAUGGGUCUCCCAGGCGCGACCAGCUGCGACACAGCCCGGUAUAUAACCAGGAUCUGUAGUAACACAGCUAACACUGCGAUGCAGUGCCUUAGACCGCUGUGCUACUUGGGAGGCCCUGGCAAGCCAUUAUUUAAACAGGCAUAUUCAAGCAUUAAAAACACAUACACUGAGUGUACAAAACAUUAAGAACACCUUCCUAAUAUUGAGUUGCACCCCUCCUUUUGCCCCCAGAACAGCCUGGACUCUACAAGGUG